UCGCCCCGGAGAGCUGGUCGACACCUCGGGCCAUCUGACCCGAGCGCAGGUCUCCGGUGUCGCCCCUGGCCCCUCCGCCCCCGGCACGGGGCCGCUGGUCGACCGGGGGGGGGGGGGGCGGGGUGGGGAGGGCCGGGCGCCCGGGGGGGUGCUUGGGGACCGCGGAGCCUUCCCGGGCAGCUGGUUGACCCCGCGGGCCUCGGACCAACGCGGUGUCCGGGACAGCUGGUCGCCCCUGGGACUCGGGGCGGGCGGGCGCCCGGGACCCUGUCGACCCGCAGGCCCUCGGACCAGUGCGAGUGGCCCGGGUCAGCAGGUUGACCCACGGGCCCUAGGCUCUGGCCGGAGUCGCCCAGGACCGCAGGUCGACCUCACGGUCCUCGGAAACAAGCCAGAGACAUCCGGGACUGCUGGUCCCAAGGCGGGGGCCCACAGACCCAAGCGCGAGACUGCCCGGGAAAGCUGUUCGACACCGCGGGGCCCUCGGCAGAGUCCGGAGUCACCCGGGACAGCUGGUCGACACCACCGGGCCUCGGGAACGGGCCCGAAUCGCCCAAGAGAGCUCAUCGACCCCGCGUACCAUCGGACCCCGAGCGCGAUUCACCCGGGAGAGCAUGUCGAAACCGAAACCGCAGACCCUCGACGCGGGCCCGAGUGCCCCGGACAGCUGGUCGACACCGCAUGCUCUUGGACCCGGGCCGGAAUCACCCGGGGGGAGCUGGGCGACACCUUGGGCCCUCGGUCACGGCCCCGAGUUCGCCCGGGCCACCUGGUGGACACCGCAGGCCUCGGGACAGUCCGAGUCACCCGGGACGCCUGGUCGACUUCACGGGCCUCGGACACGAGCCAGAGUCGUCCGGGCCUGCUGGUCGACCCCGGGCCCUCAGAGGCAAGCGUGAGAUGCCCGGGAGAGCAGUUCGACACCGGCAGGCCUUGGCACAGUCCGAGUCACCCGGGAGAGCUCGAAGACCCGCGGGCCAUCGGGUAUGGCCCAGUCGCCCCGGAGGCUGGUCGACACCUCGGGCCAUCUGACCCGAGCGCAGGUCUCCCGGGAGUGCUGGUGGACCCCGAGGGCCUUGGACCCGGGUCCGAGUCACACGGGACCCCUGGUCGACGCCGAGGGCACUCGGACCCGGGCCCAAAGGAGCUGGUAGACACCGCGGGCCCUCGACCCGAACCGAGUCGCCCGAGAGAUGUGAUCGACACCCCGGACCCUCGGGCACGGAUGAAUAGCCCGGUACCGAUGGUCGACACCGGGGUCCGGCGGAAACGAGCCCGAGUCGCCCGGGGACUGCUGGGCUCUGGCCGGAGUCGCCCAGGACGGCAGGUCGACCUCACGGGCCCUCGGAAACAAGCCAAAGACAUCCGGGACUGCUGGUCGAUGGCGGGGGCCCACAGACCCAAGCGCGAGACGCCCAGGAAAGCUGUUCGACACCGCAUGCCCUCGGCAGAAUCCAGAGUCACCCGGGACAGCUGGUCGACAACACGGGCCCUCGGGAACUGGCCCGAAUCGCACAAGAGAGCUCGUCGACCCCGCGUACCAUCGGACCCGAGCUCGAUUCACCCGGGAGAGCAAGUCGAAACCGAAACCGCGGACCCUCGACAUGGGCCCGAGUGCCCCGGGCAUGCUGGUCGACAGCGCAUGCUCUCGGACCCGGGCCCGAAUCACCCGGGGGAGCUGGGCGACACCUCGGGCCAUCUGACCCGAGCGCAGGUCUUCCGGGAGUGCUGGUGGACCCGAGGGCCCUUGGAUCCGGGUCCGAGUCACACGGGACCCCUGGUCGACGCCGAGGGCACUCGGACCCGGGCCCAACUGGUGGUCACCACGGGCCCUCGGGAACGGGCCCGAAUCGCCCAAGAGAGCUCGUCGACCCCGCGUACCAUCGGACCCGAGCGCGAUUCACCCGGGAGAGCAUGUCGAAACCGAAACCGCGGACCCUCGACGCGGGCCCGAGUGCCCCGGGACAGCUGCCCGGUACCGAUGGUCGACACCGGGGUCCGCGGAAACGAGCCCGAGUCGCCCGGGGACUGCUGGUAG